AUGAGCACUGUACCAGGAUUCAGCCUCUUCAUCAGCAAUAUCACGUUUGACACCUCCCUUAAGGAUUUAUAUAAGAUUUUUGGGAAAUACAAGAAAAUUUCUAAUGUAUACAUCCCCUGGGAUUGGAAGUUUCAUCGACAUAGGGGUUUUGGCUUCAUCAGGUUCCUCUAUGCUACGGAUGUAUAUGCAGCCAUGGGGGUUCUUAAUGGCAAGAGGGUCGAUGGUCGGAUUCUUACUAUGGAUAUGGCAAAUCCCAGAAAGGACACUCAGCCUCGAAAAUCCAAUAAGCUGGACUCUGUUGUUCCAACCCCCAUCUCUCCAACUACUAACUCCUUCUUAAGUGUAGCUAGGGAUGCUCACUUAAAUCAACCCUCUCGUCCAAUCAGGGCAAGAGCUGGAUUGGGCCACAUAGACGAUGAGCUCUUAAAUCUAGAUAACAUCUCUUUCUGGGCGGAUUGCAAGGAAGUAGAGCCGAAAUAG